AUGCAGAGUGAGGACUGUGUGAGCGGCGUUGAAAAUCUUGCGUUGUCGAAUCCAGCUUCGAAUUUGCCCACGCCGAGUUCUUCCGGACCGUAUCUUGUGGUCCCUAAUGGAUUUCAUCCUGCUCACGCCACAAGUGCAGCACAAAUGAUGUCUGCUGAACAAAUCAGCUUGAACAAUUCCCAGAGCUCAUCCGCGUACAACUCGUGCCCGUACACGCCUUUGAACAGUGUUGCGGAUGAAGAGGAAGACGAGAUGGACGACUUGAGCGCGAGCGCGUCUCGUCGCAGUCGUGCUUCGUCUACUGCCCCUACUCCACCGAGCCAUUCCAGAGGAGAAUUGCGUCGUCAGUUGGGGCCGCGAAAUCAGGACAUCCUGCCCAGCUUCAAUUCCAGGGACAUGUUGGAGAGGAUUGAGUACAAGCGUCGAAACAUGCGCGCUGCGCGAGGAAUGGAAUUUGCUGCUUCUGGCGAAACCUCGCCGAAUCCGUAUCCCUUCACUCCGAAGAACUCGUAUGUGGAGUCUUCGUUUGACGAGGCCUACAGAAAUCGAGUGAUGAAUGGACUGGAAAAUUUGGAACCAGAUCAAAUCGCCAAGAAAGUUGAAGAGAAAAAGAAAUUUUAUCGUUUGGACCUGGACGAAGCUCAGGGAUUCUUGCACGGCAUCGCAGAAGCCGACGAUGAUCACGAUUUUCUCGUGCCAUUCCAGAUUGAACUGGACUCGACGACUCCGAACUGA